AUGUUCUUGGACAGGCUGUGCUUUGUUGUCUUCGGGGCAGCCCUCCCCUCUCCCAACAAGUGCCCCUGGGAUGACUCUCUCUCUAGUUAUGUCAACUGUACUUCUAUCUCAGGUGGGGAGCUGAACCAGGCUCCCACCAUGAUCGUCCAGCGUCUGCUCUCGGGACUUCUUUGGGCUGUGUUCUUCCCUCUGGGCUGGGCUGAAGCCCAGCCGGGGGAGAGAGCCUCACUGCAUCACGCUCCUGCUGAAGAAGAAGAUGUGGGGGCCAUCAAGACCUUGCAGAAGAGGGCGUGGGGGCCCUGGGGAUCAAGCUCGUCUGUCUUUACUCCUCAGAAGAAGGUGGACCUGGGUGGAAGGGUGAUCUGCACCAACGUGUAUGCGGCUGAUGUGGUGUUUCUGGUGGAUGGCUCCUCCAGCAUUGGCCGCAAUAAUUUCCGCAUGGUGCGUGACUUCCUGGAGGGGCUGGUGCUGCCUUUCGUCAACGUCGUGCGAGACACGGGGGUGCGCUUUGGCGCUGUGCAGUACAGCGAUGAUCCCAGAACGGAAUUUGCCCUGGGAACCCAUGCCAGCGGACAAGAGGUGAUGAGAGCCAUACGUGAGCUCAACUACAAGAGAGGGAACACCCGCACAGGGGCCGGCUUGCGGCACGUCGCCGAGCACUUCUUCCAUCCCCAACUGGCCCGGCCUGGAGUUCCCAAGGUGUGCAUACUGGUAACUGACGGGAGGUCUCAGGAUGACGUGGAGCAGGGAGCACUGAAGCUGAAGAAUCAGAAUGUCAAGGUUUUUGCUGUAGGGAUCAAGAAUGCACAUGAAGAUGAGCUCCGCAAAGUGGCCUCCUCUCCCGUGGAAGAAUACCAUUUCUUCAUCCCUGACUUUGCUAUCCUGAAGACCCUGGUGCCCUUGGUGUCUCACCGUGUCUGCACUAGCACCGGGGGCACCCCCCAGCGUGUGCCCGCAGAAGGACCCUAUUUUGGCCCCUCCAAUCUGGUAUUCUCGGAGUUCACGGGGGACUCUUUGCGGGCCCAGUGGACGGCAGCUAGUGGUCCUGUCAUAAGCUACAAAGUCCAGUUUGUGCCCCUCAGAGGGCUGGGACAGCCGAUUACAGCCGAGAGGCAGGAGGUGAGUGUACCAGCAGGAGAGACAAGCGUGGUGCUGCGGAGGCUGCAAAGUCAGACUGAUUACCAGGUGACCGUGGUCGCCCAAUAUGCCAACAGCGUCAGUGAGGCCAUUACCGGCACUGUGCAUACCCGGGCUCCAAGUGGAGUGACACAUUUUCGGGUAGUAGAGAGAGAGCCCUUCUCCCUGCAUCUGGCCUGGGAAGCCAGCCUGGACUCCCUGCAGGGCUAUCAGCUGACCUUCGCUGCCAGAGGGGAGGCUCAAGUAGAGGAGCAGAGUUUCAGCGCCAGCACCACUUCCACCGUGUUGCGAGGAUUGCGCCCCGAUACCGACUAUGUGCUGACUCUGACCCCCCGCUACCUGCAUCAGAGCGCUUCUCCCUCCAUUCUGAAUGCCCGCACCUCUCAACUGGAAGGGCUGCAGCAGCUGGUGGUGCAGAACACCACAGCCCACAGCCUGGGGCUGGCCUGGCGCGGGGUGGCCGGGGCCAGUGGUUACCGCAUCACCUGGAGGGGCCCAGCAGGGUUGGCGCCACAGCAGCGGGACGUGGGCCCGGGGCAGCUCUCCUUUCUCCUGCAGGGCCUCACCCCCGACACGGAUUACACGGUAUCGGUAGCCCCGCUCUAUGGACAGGCAGCAGGGCCCGCAGCUUCUGUGCAGAGGCGGACAGAGUCAGGAAUCACGCAGAGGCUGCAGACUGUCAUCCUCGGCCCCACUGCCAUCCGAGUGUCCUGGACCCUCAUUCCUGAGGCCCGGAGAUACCGCCUCGAAUGGAAACGAGUAACUGGUUCAGAAGCCCCUCAGACCGUGUCUCUGCCCACGGAUGUCACCUCCUACCAAUUGCAGAACCUGCAGCCAGGCACCCAAUACCGGAUCACUCUGUACACUCAGUACGAUGGGCGAGAGGUCGCCACCCCAGCCACCAUCUCACAGACGGUACUGGAGCCGGAAGUGGGCAGAGUUUCGAACCUGCGAGUCGCCGAGACGUCAGGCAGGAGGAUCCUGGUAGCCUGGGGCGGGGUCCCUGGUGCCACCGAGUACAAAGUGGUCAUACGCAACAGUCAGGAUGGCACGGAGAAAACCAAGCGUCUCCCAGGCAGCCAGACCAGUUUUGAAUACGACAAUCUCCAGGAAGGGGUCACUUACUUGGUUCGGGUCUCGGCCUUGGUGGGAAGCAGGGAAGGCGGUCCCGUGCUCCUCACCAUCCGCCUCGAGCCUGAAACGAGCAUCACCAACCUGCGAGUGGUGGAGACGGGGCCCACCCGGGUGAGGGUGGCAUGGAGUGGGGUGCCCAGUGCCAGUGGCUACCAGGUGACCUGGCGUCAGAGUGAUGGUCAUGAAUUCACUCGGACCCUGCCCCGAGAUGCCACUUCCUUCAAUAUUGAGGGGCUCGAACCUGGAGCUGUCUAUCAGAUUGGGGUGUCUGCCCUUCUGGGGGUACACAAAGGAUCCCCUGUAUUCAUCACCACCAGGACAGACCCUCUGGGACAAGUCUCUGGUCUCCGGAUGACCCACGUCGGGAGCACUGCGGUCAAUAUUGCCUGGAUCGGGGUUCCUGGGGCUUCAGGAUACAGGAUCAGUUGGCGCCAUGGCCGUGGGCCUGAGCAGACCCAAGUAGUGUCUGCUGAGAGGUCAUCAGCCAAGAUUGAAGGGCUGGAACCAGACACUGACUACGUGGUGAGGGUGUCAGCCUUGGUGGGCAGCACGGAGGGAAGUGCUGUUUCUGUGGAUGUGAGGACAGCCCGGGAGCAUGUGGGAAUGGUGACUCAGCUACAGAUCCUCGACUCCUCCAGCGAUGUGGUGCGGGUGACCUGGGGGGGCGUCCCAGGAGCCACCGCUUACCGGUUGGUUUGGGGUCGGCGAGAUGGGGGCCCGGAGAGCAGCCGGCUUUUGCCGGGAAACACCAAUUCAGCAGAGAUCAGAGAGCUGGAAGGCGGCGUCAGCUACACCGUUCGAGUCACGGCACUGAUUGGCAAUCGGGAGAGUGAACCCGUCUCCAUCACCGUCACCACACCCCCAGAGCCACAGGUGCCACCCGUGGAGUCCCUGCGAGUGCUGCAGAGCUUGGAGAGGCAUCUUCGUUUGGCCUGGAGCCAGGUCCCAGGCAGUACAGGAUAUCGCCUCAGCUGGAGGCAGACUGACGGUGGUCCGGAAAGCACCCGGCUCCUGGGCCCUGAGCUCAGCAGCUAUGACCUGGGAAACCUGGUACCUGGGAGCCGGUACCAAAUCAGUAUCCGCAGCAUGGUGGGCAGUCGGGAGAGCCAGCCUUACACCAUCACUGCCCAGACCGCGGCCCCUCAGCCAGCCGGGACGGACUUGCAUGUGGUGGAGACCUCGAUGGAUUCAGUGACUCUCACCUGGACCCCGGUGCCUGGCGCUACCAGCUACAUCCUCGCCUGGAGGCCGCUCCCAGGCCAGGAGGGCGAAGGUGCCCAGAGGACUCUGCCUCCCUCUGCCAACUCCCAGAAGGUGUCUGGGCUGGAGCUUGGGCAGCAGUACAGUUUCUCUCUGAUUCCCAUCUUUGGGAGCAUCCAGGGACCUGUGACGUCUGUCACCAUGCAUCCAAGGUGCCAGCGUGGCCGGGCGGAUGUUGUUUUCCUGGUGCACGCGACUCGAGAUAGUGCCCACAGUGCUGAGGCCGUGCAAGGCCUUCUGUCCCAUCUAGUGUCUGCGCUGGGUCCACUGGGGCCGGAUGCCAUCCAGGUGGGAUUGGUGUCCUACAGCUAUCGCCCUGUCCCCGUGCUUCCCUUGAACCGCUCGCACGACCACAGCACUGUUCUGCAGCAGAUCCGGAACCUGUCUUAUGCGGAUCCCAGUGGCAAUGCUAUUGGUGCUGCCAUUAGCUUCGCCCAGAGGUAUAUGCUGGACCCUGGCAGCCCUGGACGCCGUGCAAAUGUGCCAGGGGUACUGGUGAUAUUGGCAGACGGCUCCUCAGGGGAUGAUGCCAUCGGUCCAGCCAGGGAUGCUAAAGCUGCAGGGCUUACAGUGUUGGCAGUGAGCAUGAAUGGGGCUGACAGGGAGCAGCUGCAGAACUUGGUGGCCGACAGGAACCCAAAUCACGUCUUCUUGGUCCGGGGCACUGCCCAGAGUCUGGCACGGGUGGCAAAUGGGCUUGCCACUGCCCUCUGCCAGGUGGAGCCUGGCCCGGAGCCCUGCACUGUGCACUGCCCCAGGGGGGAGAAGGGAGAGCGUGGCGAAAUCGGCCAGAAGGGACGCAUGGGGCUGCCUGGCCCCCCUGGAGACCCGGGGCGGAAUGGCCUCCCGGGUCCUGCAGGCCCUACAGGUCCCAGGGGGCCCCCCGGAGAGGGCAUCCAAAGGGCAGGAGAGAAGGGGGAGCGGGGAUUCCCUGGGACAGAUGGGAUACCGGGAAGCCCUGGUCGUCCAGGUUCUCCUGGUCCACCGGGGCCCCAGGGUUUGCCUGGCCACCGAGGGAAUACGGGGGAUCGUGGCCCCUUAGGGCCCUCCGGGCCAAGAGGCCCCAAGGGGGAACCGGGGGAACCAGGCACCAUUGUUGGAGGAGGAGAAGUGGGGCUGCCUGGCCGUAAGGGGGAUCCUGGAAUCCCAGGCAACCCCGGACCCCCUGGAAGCCCAGGAUCCCGUGGCCCUUUUGGGGACCGAGGGCCCCCUGGCCCAGCAGGGCCUGUAGGGCCAGCUGGAUCACCCGGCUUGUCAGUGAAGGGAGACAAGGGAGAGCGUGGGGAACGGGGCCCACCCGGACCUGGUGAUGGGGGCACCGCUGUAGGAGAACCAGGGCUCCCUGGCCUUCCUGGGGAGCAAGGGAGCCCGGGACUAAGGGGCCCAGUUGGCCCUCCAGGGCAAAAAGGAGACAAGGGUGAGGGGGAGGAGGGGUUUCCAGGCCCUGCUGGAAGGCCUGGGGACCCAGGAGAUCGGGGUCCCCGGGGGCCUCCAGGUGAAGUCGGCAGCAAAGGGGACCGUGGGCAGCCUGGAGCAGUAGGUGAAACUGGAGAGAAGGGUGAGCGGGGCUCCUCAGGGCCACCUGGGUUAAAGGGAGAGCCAGGAACAGCAGGUCGGCCAGGAACGGAAGGUGGAGAGGGGCCCCCGGGACCAGCCGGCCGGCGGGGAGAGAAGGGGGAACCAGGAGAACCAGGGCGACCUGGAGAGCCUGCCCAACCGGGAUCUGUUGGUCCCGGAGUCAGAGGAGAGAAGGGGGAGCAGGGCUCCACAGGACCAGAAGGGCCACAGGGCCCAAGAGGAAGCCCUGGCAGCAAAGGGGAGAGGGGCCCCCCGGGAUUCGGUGUUCCUGGUGAGCCAGGUUCCAAAGGGGAGCAGGGAGACAGGGGCACCAUUGGCCUCACGGGCAGGAUUGGACCAAAGGGAGAUCCAGGGCUGCCAGGAGAAAAGGGCGAGCCAGGGCGAGCGGGGCCUCCAGGGCUCACAGGCCUCCGAGGAAAAGAGGGUGAGCCAGGAGAGAAGGGUGAUGAAGGAACUCCGGGCGAGUUGGGGCUGCCUGGGAAACCUGGAGAGAGGGGUCCAAGGGGCUUACCUGGGCCCAGAGGCAUCCCAGGAGGCAGCCCAGGAGCAGCUGGAUCCAAGGGGGACCGUGGAGACCCAGGGCCACAGGGACCACCAGGACCUCCGGGACGGUUGGUGGACUCAGGAGCUGGACCAGGGGGUGCAGGCGAGAAAGGGGAGAAGGGAGAGCCAGGGAGCUCUGGACUGGAUGGGGCCCGGGGCCCCAAGGGUGACCCUGGACUGCCUGGAAUUCCUGGGGAGAGGGGAAGCGAAGGACUGCGUGGGCUCCCAGGCUCUCGGGGGGACUCUGGAGAGCGGGGCCCUGCGGGGGACAAGGGUGAUCGAGGCCCCCCAGGACUCGAUGGCCGGAAUGGGCUGGAUGGAAAACCUGGAGCCUUAGGCCCAGCAGGAUCCAGGGGUGAUGCAGGAAAGCAGGGGGACCCUGGUCGAGAUGGACUGCCAGGACUGAGAGGAGAGCAAGGCCCCCCUGGCCCUCCCGGGGUCCAGGGCCCUCCAGGUGUAGCUGGGAAGCCCGGGGAUGAUGGCAAGCCUGGCCUGAAUGGGAGGAACGGAGAAGCAGGGGACCCAGGAGAAGAUGGAAGAAAGGGGGACAAGGGAGAAGCUGGAGCCCCUGGGAGAGAUGGUCGAGAAGGCCCCAAGGGUGACCGAGGGGACAGCGGAGCCCAAGGACCCCAGGGGCCACCUGGACUGCCCGGCCUCCCUGGGCAGGUUGGACCCCCUGGCCAGGGGGUUCCAGGAGUUUCAGGAAACCCAGGACCCAAGGGUAAUCGAGGGGAGUCUGGAACCAAAGGGGAUCAGGGGCAUCCCGGAGAGCGAGGCUUGCGAGGAGAGCCGGGGACCGUGCCAAACGUGGAACGUUCCCUGGAGUCCAUUGGCAUCAAGAUCUCAGCUCUGAGAGAGAUGGUGGAAAGCUUUGAGGAGAGUUCGGGAGGCUUCCCUUCCACUCCAGACCGACGCCGGGGCCUGAAGGGUGACAAGGGCGAGCCAGGUGAACGGGGAGCCGUCGGCAAGGAGGGCACGAUGGGCUUUCCUGGAGAGAGGGGUUUGAAGGGGGACAAAGGAGACACUGGCCCUGCAGGGCCUCAGGGCCCCGCAGGCAGAGCCAUUGGGGACAGGGGCCCAGAGGGGCCAGCUGGCCAGCCCGGGGAGCCCGGAAAACCAGGGAUCCCAGGACUGCCAGGUCGGUCUGGAGAGCUCGGAGAAGCCGGUCGCCCAGGAGAGAGGGGAGAGCGAGGAGAGAAGGGGGAGCGAGGAGAGCAGGGCAGAGAUGGGGCACAGGGCCCCCCUGGCCCCCCAGGUCCCAAGACAGAGAUCCCAGACGGGAUUGUACCUGGUUUUCCUGGUGAGAGGGGCCCCACUGGACUCAAGGGAGCCAAGGGUGAAGCAGGCAUCGACGGUGAUCGAGGUCCCAAAGGAGAUAAGGGAGAGCCAGGAGCCAAGGGUGACCGUGGAGAGGCCGGGGAAAAGGGCAGGGAUGGCAGUCCGGGACCUACAGGAGAGAGAGGCCUAGCAGGACCAGAAGGAAAGCCGGUGAGUAAUGGGUGGGAGGCGUGGCGGGAACUCCGACGGAGACAACAGGGAGGUGGACAAAGAGAUGCUAGGAGAGACAGAAUGGAGGGCAAAGUGGAGGAAGGAUGGAAUGGACUUGUGCAGGAAGCAGAGGGGAGGAGGAGGGAGACUGUUGGAAAGCUUAAGGGAAAACUGUUUCAUUUUAAUCAUUAUUGUCCCAUCACACAGGGCAACCAAGGUGAUCCAGGACCUGCAGGUUCUCCUGGUCUUGCUGGCCCACCAGGAGUGCAGGGUCCCUCUGGGAUAAAGGGAGAGCAAGGAGAGCCAGGUCCAAGUGGGCGGGGUUUACCCGGUCCCCCAGGCAGUGUGGGCCUCCCAGGACCACCAGGACCAUCUGGCCUUGUGGGACCGCAGGGAGCCCCAGGCUUGCCCGGGCAAGUGGGUGAAACAGGAAAGCCCGGUGUACCUGGGAGGGACGGUGUUACCGGAAAAGACGGAGAAGCUGGCCCACCUGGGAUAAUGGGGACACCCGGUCCAGCUGGCCCUGUUGGGCCCAAGGGGGAACCUGGUGCUGUGGGACCUCCAGGACAGGCUGUCGUCGGUGUCCCUGGGAUCAAAGGAGAGAAGGGUGCCCCUGGAGGCUUCGUUGGAGACUUGGUUGGGGAACCUGGUGCCAAAGGUGACAGAGGAUUGCCAGGGCCUCGGGGUGAGAAGGGUGAGGCCGGACGAGCUGGAGAACCUGGAGAUCCUGGGGAAGAUGGACGUAAAGGGGCAUCUGGAAUCAAGGGAGAUAAAGGCUCUACGGGAGUUGGGUUGCCAGGCUCCAUAGGACCAAACGGGCCUCCUGGGAUGAAGGGAGAAUUUGGGCUACCUGGCCCACCAGGUCUUCCCGGCCUUCCAGGACCUGUGGGCACUCCAGGGCACCCUGGCACCCGAGGAGAAAAUGGGCAGCCAGGUCCACCAGGCCCCAGUGGAGAGCGGGGCUUGAUUGGAAAUCCUGGACGUGAGGGGAGCCUAGGCCCUCCAGGGCCUCCUGGGCCUCCUGGAUCAAUGGGAAUCUCUGGACUAAAAGGAGACAAGGGGGACUCUGGAGUUGGGCAACCAGGAGCCAGAGGAGAGCGAGGUGAUCUGGGACCACGGGGUGAAGAUGGCCGCCCAGGUCUAGAGGGUGAUCGAGGCCCUGCGGGUCCUCCGGGGAUCCGAGGGGAGCGAGGAGACAAGGGUGACAUAGGAGCCACAGGCCUAAAGGGAGACAAGGGUGAUACAGUCCUGGUGGAUGGUCCAGUCGGCGCCCGAGGCAGCAAGGGAGAGCCGGGUGACCGUGGCCUAAAAGGCUCAGAUGGUGGCAAGGGCGACAAAGGAGAUGUCGGUCUUCCUGGGGAGAAGGGAGUGAAAGGUGAGCUGGGAGACAAGGGCUCUGGAGGCUACCCAGGAGCACGCGGCCCCAUGGGCCAGAAGGGUGAAGCUGGCGAGUUGGGAAACCCCGGGGAGCCGGGCAUGCCAGGGAAGGACGGAGUGCCGGGGGUCCGAGGAGACAAGGGAGAGAUGGGCUUCCUGGGACUCCGAGGCCCCAAGGGAGAACGAGGGACGAAAGGUGCCUGUGGACAAGAUGGAGAGAAGGGGAACAAGGGGGACGCGGGCCUGCAUGGUCGGCCGGGGCUGCCAGGACGCAAAGGCGAGCCGGGAGAGUUGGGGGCCCCUGGAACAUCAGGCCUUCCGGGAAAGGAAGGCCUCAUCGGCCCCAAGGGAGACAGGGGAUUUGACGGGCAGCAGGGAACCAAGGGCGACCAUGGGGAGAAGGGAGAACGGGGCCUGCCAGGCAUCGGUGGCUUCCCGGGACCCAGAGGCAACGAUGGAACUGUUGGGUCCCCGGGGCCCCCGGGUAUUGUUGGCCCUAAGGGCCCCGAAGGCAUUCAGGGACAGAAGGGGGAGAGGGGUCCUCCAGGAGAGGCAGUGGUUGGUGCUCGUGGUGCCCCCGGCAUCCCAGGGGAGAGAGGAGAGCAGGGGAACCCGGGGCCCGGUGGCUUUCGUGGGGAGAAAGGGGAGCCUGGCAUGACUGAGGACGAUAUCCGAGGAUUUGUCCGGCAGGAGAUGAGUCAGCACUGUGCUUGCGGGGGUCAGUUUGCUUCAUCUGGAUCACGACCUCUCCCACACCACCCGGCCACCCACGCGUUCCCUCCGUCUGAGUCCCACCUUGUGCCCGUGCUGAAAGUCUCCCACAUUGAAGAUGAUGAAGGGCAGGAGCUGCAGGCUAUGGAGCGUGAUCCCGAGUACGAGCAGGCAUACUCAAUGGAGGACUACGAGGAGGACAUGGAGGCUGAUGGUGCUGAGAGUCCCUGGCUCACUAAUGACCUCUGCUCCCUUCCCCUGGACGAGGGCACCUGUGCUAGCUACAAGCUGAGAUGGCACUACAACCCCCGGGGAUCAGAAUGCCGGCCCUUCAUCUACUAUGGUUGUGGGGGCAACGCUAACCGCUUUGGUACCAAGGAGGCCUGUGAGAAGCGGUGCUCACGCCCACCGGGAGCAUCAGGUGCCCUUGUGGCUCCCAUGGGGAGCUAAGCCAGCGGGAUGGAUGGGACCAGCUGUUAGUCCAGGGCCCUGUUUCCGGUCAAGGAUUUUCCCUGCAGGAAAUCAACUGGGGGACUGGGGGAGUGAGCCCCAGGCCCUUCCAGCCUCGCCAGAAGGAGCAGCCAAGAAGUCUUAGCGGUUUCUGCUCCCAUACUCUUCAGCCCCCUCCCGCCACAUAAGCCAGGUUGGCUCGAGUGGGGACAUGGUGCUAUUUUUUUGAGUGUCUUUGUUAUGGUUUUGUGCUGUUUUGGUGUUUUUGUUUUGGGGUUAGUUUUUUUUUUUUUCAAUUAAGGUGAAAUGUUUAUCCAAUGAAAGAUCCUUGUGGCCGUUGAGGAUCCCAUGGGCCCAUUUAUCAGCUGGAGCCAGGCUACCUUCCCAACCCGAUUCCCCGAAUUGGAGGCUCGGGGCCGGCGCCCAUAUUAGGUUCGCUCAGGGAGGCCCCAGGCCUGAACCAGUGACUGUGAUUUCAUUCUACCAUCUGACUGCCAGCCCCCUCUCACAGCGAGGGUGUCCUUGGGGCAACUGAGGCUCUCGCUCUGGGCAGAGAAUCCUCCCUCCCUGGUGCUGGGUCCCACAGCUCUUAAAAUUCGACGUUCUGGCCUUUGGGGAGGGAAGGAGGGAAAGCUAUCCUUUGGGAAGUAGGUGGGGGGUGGGGAUGCUCUCGAGGCCUCCCCCGCAGCCUUAUUUCUCCCACGUGCACAUCAGGAUUCCCUAUUUUCAAUUCCGCCCUCUUAGCCAUCCACUUCUUCCCCCUUCGCCUUCCCUCUUUUCCUGUCAGCUUCCAAGAUUCAGGUCUGGCUCCCUAAGCACCAGCAGGACCCCAUGUCCUUCACUUAAAGAAGUUUCGCCUCAAUCCCAGCCCAGGGAAGGAGCCCCAGGGAGCGGUGGUACUAGCAGAGCCCGGAGUCCCUGCCCGUCUGUCCCAGGGCAGCCAUCUGUCUACACAUGCUUUGUUCGUGGUAUAAUUGUUGUCACCGGAUGGUGCUGCCUUGCAUGACAGGACCACUUAGGGCCCCAAAAACUUGUAGCACUCUCACCCCAGAUGUGUCUCCUCCUUCCUCCUCCUCUGUUCUUGGGCCUGGGUUCAGCCCUAUGGGAAUGGCAAGCUGGGCUGCAACAGGGAAAGAGCAGCUGCUCCUUCAGGCAGGGAUCUUUGUGGGAUUUGGGGAGCACAGAUCAUUAAAGCU